GGGCUGGAGCUGCCGGGCCUUCUGACUCCGCCAAACGCUCAGAUUUCGGGGCUUCUCUCCCGGGCAGGGAGCACGUAACUUCCUCAUUCCUGCCUGGACCCCUGCUUCCAGCUGGCCCGGCCCGACUUUUGCGCUCUGCUGGCCCCGAGGUCUCUCGACCAUCAGGGGCUCCUCUCUACGGCUUCUUCGUUGUCCCAGUUCGGAGCCAUUCUGGCCUGGCUGGAUGUUUCCUUGGGUCCUGGAUACAUAAUGGGAGGCGGGACUGAGGGGUUCUGGAUGAAGGUUGGAGGGAGAGGAUGGAGGUUGGAAGGGGUGGAAAGUGAGGGUCAUCGGUCUACGAUCAGAGGAAAUCCGGAGUCAGUGGAGUGAGUAGGAUGGCGGCAACUGAGGAGAACCUCUUCCCCUAUGGAGACUACCUGGAUUCCAGCCAGUUGAACAUGGAACCAGAUGAGGUUGACACUCUGAGGGAGGGAGAGGACCCAGCUGACCGAAUGCACCCCUUUCUGGCCAUCUAUGACCUUCAACCUCUGAAAGUGCACCCCUUGGUGUUUGCCCCUGGGGUUCCUGUCAUGGCCCAGGUGGUGGGCACAGAAAGAUACACCAGUGGAUCCAAGGUGGGAACCUGCACUCUCUAUUCUGUUCGCUUGACUCAUGGUGACUUUACCUGGACAACCAAGAAGAAGUUCCGUCAUUUCCAGGAGCUGCAUCGGGACCUCCAGCGACACAAAGUCUUGAUGAGUCUGCUCCCUCUGGCUCGCUUUGCUGUAGCCCAUUCUCCAGCCCGAGAGGCAGCCAAUGCAGAGAUGCCUUCUCUACCCCGAGGAGGUCCUGAGGGCUCCGCUAGACAUGCAGCUAGCAAGCAGAAAUAUCUGGAAAAUUACCUCAACCGCCUCCUGACCAUGUCUUUCUACCGCAAUUACCAUGCCAUGACAGAGUUCCUGGAAGUUAGUCAACUCUCCUUUAUCCCAGACCUUGGCUCCAAGGGACUGGAAGGGGUGAUCCGGAAGCGCUCUGGUGGGCAUCGUGUUCCUGGGCUCACCUGUUGUGGCCGAGAUCAAGUUUGUUAUCGCUGGUCCAAGAGGUGGCUGGUGGUGAAGGAUUCCUUCCUGCUGUACAUGUGUCUGGAGACUGGCACCAUCUCAUUUGUUCAGCUCUUUGACCCUGGCUUUGAGGUCCAAGUGGGGAAAAGGAGCACCGAGGCACGAUAUGGGGUGCGAAUUGACACCUCCCACAGGUCUCUGAUUAUCAAGUGCAGCAGUUACCGGCAGGCACGGUGGUGGGGCCAGGAGAUCACUGAGCUGGCACAAGGGCCAGGCAAAGACUUUCUACAGCUGCACCGGCACGACAGCUAUGCCCCACCCCGGCCUGGGACCUUGGCCCGGUGGUUUGUGAAUGGGGCAGGUUACUUUGCUGCCGUGGCAGAUGCCAUUCUACGAGCACGGGAGGAGAUUUUCAUCACAGACUGGUGGUUGAGUCCUGAGAUUUUUCUGAAGCGUCCAGCUCAUUCAAAUGACUGGAGACUGGACAUUAUGCUUAAGAGGAAGGCGGAAGAAGGUGUCCGUGUGUCUGUCCUGCUGUUUAAGGAAGUGGAAUUGGCCUUGGGCAUCAGCAGUGGCUAUACCAAGAGGACUCUGGUGCUGCUACACCCCAACAUAAAGGUGAUGCGCCACCCAGACAAUGUGACAUUGUGGGCUCAUCAUGAGAAGCUUCUUGUGGUCGACCAAGUGGUGGCCUUCCUGGGGGGGCUAGAUCUUGCCUAUGGCCGCUGGGAUGACCUGCACUACCGGUUGACUGACCUUGGAGAUUCCUCUGGAUCAGUUGUUUCACAAACUCCCACCCCGGGCCCAGACUCUGCAACCACCCCAGACCUCUCUCAUAACCAGUUCUUUUGGCUGGGCAAGGACUAUAGCAAUCUCAUCGCCAAGGACUGGGUACAGCUGGACCGGCCUUUUGAAGAUUUCAUUGAUAGGGAAACCACUCCCAGGAUGCCAUGGCGAGAUGUUGGAGUGGUUGUUCACGGCUCAGCAGCCCGGGAUCUUGCCCGGCACUUCAUCCAACGCUGGAACUUCACCAAGACCAUGAAGGCCAAGUACAAGACACCCAUGUAUCCCUACCUGCUGCCCAAGUCUACCAGCACUGCAAACCAGCUCCCUUUCACACUCCCAGGCGGGCAAAGCACCACUGUACAGGUCUUGAGGUCUGUGGACCGAUGGUCAGCAGGGACUUUGGAGAGCUCGAUCCUCAACGCUUACCUGCACACCAUCAGAGAGAGCAAGCACUUCCUAUACAUUGAGAAUCAGUUCUUCAUUAGCUGCUCAGAUGGACGCACUGUCCUGAACAAGGUGGGCGAUGAAAUUGUGGAUAGAAUCCUGAAAGCGCACAAACAGGGCCAGUGUUUCCGAGUCUACGUGCUUUUGCCCUUGCUCCCUGGUUUUGAGGGUGACAUCUCCACAGGGGGUGGUAACUCCAUCCAGGCCAUUCUGCACUUCACUUACAGAACACUAUGUCGUGGGGAGUAUUCAAUUCUACAUCGUCUCAAAGCAGCCAUGGGGACAGCAUGGCGGGAUUACAUUUCUAUAUGUGGGCUUCGCACUCAUGGAGAACUGGGUGGGCACCCAAUCUCAGAGCUCAUCUAUAUCCACAGCAAGAUGCUCAUUGCAGAUGACCGGACAGUCAUCAUUGGUUCUGCAAACAUCAAUGACAGGAGCUUGCUGGGAAAGCGGGACAGCGAACUAGCCAUACUCAUUGAGGACACAGAAAUGGAGCCAUCCCUCAUGGAUGGGGUGGAAUACCAGGCGGGCAGGUUUGCCUUGAGUUUGCGGAAGCACUGCUUCAGUGUGGUACUCGGGGCGAAUGCCCGACCAGAUCUAGAUCUCCAAGAUCCUGUCUGUGAUGACUUCUUCCAGUUGUGGCAAGAUACAGCAGAGAACAACGCUAAUAUCUACGAGCAGAUCUUCCGUUGUCUGCCAUCCAAUGCCACGCGUUCCCUGCGGACUCUCCGGGAGUAUGUAGCCGUGGAGCCUCUGGCUAUGGUCAGCCCUUCCUUGGCCAAGUCUGAGCUCAUUCAGGUCCAGGGUCAUCUAGUUCACUUCCCUCUUAAGUUUCUGGAGGAUGAAUCUUUACUUCCCCCACUGGGGAGCAAAGAGGGCAUGAUACCCUUAGAAGUGUGGACAUAGCUGAGAAUAGCAGAGAUCACCAGCCGUGGGUCCCCACCAUGCCUGGAUCCUUGCCCUCAGCCUCCAGUUCUGAGGGCAGUGCCCUUUGAUUUCUGGAGAGGAGGCUCCCAGAAGGGUACUAAUGAACUCACAGAAGACCCUCACUUGAAAAUUACCUGAAGGGGACACUCCCAAAGACUGGGGAGACAGGAUAGGAUUCUAGACAGAUCUUCCUGCCACCCGGUUCAAACUGCUGCUCCAGAAAAGACUCACUCCAGCCAGGUUGCCUGGGGGUCAAGAGUCUUAUUUCAGGAGGAGGGGUUUUUGCCCUCAACCUUCCUCAUCUCAUUCUUCCUCUUGCCCUUGGACCCCCUUCCUGCCCUAGGGCUUCUCUCAGCCCAUUGCUGCCAAUAUGGAGGGAAGGAUGAAGCCACUUUGGGCUACACAGCUCCCGUCAGUGGCGGGAGGACACACUAACUGCCUCCACCAGCCUGCUGACAGACACUAACUUUGUACCAGUUCAUUAAGCAUUUCAUAAAUAAAAGUGUAGAAAAGGCUCCUGCCUCUUAGUGGA